GAUCACACUUGUAUCACGAAUAACUAUGCUAGUCUUUGUUUUGUAUGUCUUAGCCUUGGAAAUGCCGGUGGUAUCUGGGUCGGAUGAAACUGGGCUCAAAUUUGGCAAUGAUGGGUACAGUCUUAUCUCGUUCCAACCCGACAUGGCUUCUCUUUCUGAGAAGUUCACGUUUUGUCUGUGGAUAAGAACAAAAACAUCAGAAUCGACAUAUCAAAUACCAUUUGCCUACGAACAGGAUGAGCUGUUUAUAGAUUCAAUAAAGAGUGGUAAUAGGAAUAGGUAUCGACUGUUCGGAAGUACUGGACAUGUCAGUAGUGAGCACAUUCCUGAAAUGGGAACAUGGUACCAGUACUGCGGUACUUGGAGUCUCGCAUCACGAACCUUCAGAGCGUAUGUUAACGGGGCAUUAGCUGGAACUCUGAUCACAUCCGCCGGGAGGAAACUUAAAACAGGAGGUACUUUUGUGUUGGGAGAUUAUUUGGAUAGCGUUGCUAGUGGUAGGGCUACUGGCAGUUGUGACUUCGGGGGUGAGAUGUACAAUCUGAAUUUGUUUUCAAAGGAGCUGACUGGUACUGAGAUAGCUGCACUGUCAGCAGAUGGAUUAUGCACGCCACUCCCGGAUCAGUUAGAUGAGUACAGAGUGAUCAGAUGGGAGGAGGUAUUGGAACUUACCCGAAAAGGAACUGUUCAGGAUAUUCAGAUAAGAUGUGGUGAUUUCGAAACUGAACUGGAGAAAACACAGCGAUUAUUACAGGAAGCUAUCAGCGAAAAGGAAGAGCUCCAGUCAAGUCUACGUAGUACACAGGUAGAACUGCUGGAGGUUAAAGGACAGCGCGAUUCUGCAAUAGAGGAGCUACAAGAGGUCAAGGAAACGAUGCUCACAAAUGAAAAUGAACUGAAUAACAUUAAAACUGAACUGAGAAAUGUUAGCCUCAAAUUGAAUGGAACUAAAACUGAACUGGUAAAUGCACGCAUCGAACUGGGAGAAUCAAAUAUUGCGUUUGAAAAUUCACGCCUUGAACUGAAUGAAACUAAAAUUGUCUUGGAAAGUUCACGACUCGAACUGGAUGAAACUAAAAGUGUCCUGGAAAGUUCACAACUCGAACUGAAUGAAACUCAAAGUGUUCUGGAAAGUUCAAUCCUCAAACUGAAUGAAACUAAAAGUUCCCUGGAAAGUUCACGACUCGAAUUGAAUGAAAGUCAAAUUGAGCUUGAGAACACAGAGCUGGAACUGAAGACCGCCCUUGAGAAGGAAUGUGAACUGCAAAAAGGACAUCUCACGAAAUGGGACGUACUAUACUCCUGCCCAUUUUACAAUAAGGUCUUUACUCGCAGGCUUCACAAGCAACUAAGAACAACAUGGGGAUCACCGACAAGAAGACUGCUGGGAAUGAAAAUAACUGAUAAAGUUAUAGCACUGAUAAAAGAUCUGGACGAAGAUAACAGUUGCGUAGAUGGGUGAAGACUUUGCUGCUGAAUUCCAAGAGCUCCAAGAGAACUUCUGUCCAAUUAAACUUUAACUGCUUAUUUUACCUAAAC